AGGUUGAGCGUUGCCAAAAGGCACGGGUGGGUGGGGGCAUGUUUGCACGACCACCACAAAUAGAUUACGCCACAGCGGGUGCACCACAUUGAUGGCACCACACAUGUUGCACCACAUAUUGUACACCGAGAGAGUGUAACAACCCACUAUUGGCUACACGUUGGCAAUCACCUGUGCCUCUGAUGUUCCGCGAGUUGUUGAGAGAAGUUCCUGUUCUCUAGAUCCGUCUCGGGUCAAGGGUCGCUAGGUGACCACUGGCAUGCUCCAGCACGUAGCCGAUUGAGAGAGUGGCACGAUGGUUCCGCCACCGACGGAGAAGUCGUUGUGGAGGGCGUGGCCGUACAUUGCCGUGUGGAUGGUGCUCAGCACCGCUCUGAUAUUCAUGAACAGCGACAUCCUCAACAACAGGAUGAAGUACCCAGCGCUCCUGACAGCCUGGCACAUGGCGGUAAGUUCUGUUUUGGUGCGGGUCUUGCACUACACGGCCCCAGCGCACCUGGGCCUCUUCAGCGAGGAGCAGCCAGAAGUUUCCUUGAACACGGUGCUGACGAAGUUGAUGCCUAUCGCGGCGCUCUUCUCCGCCGCGCUCGCCAUGGGGAACCGCGCGUACCUCUACUGCUCCAUCGCCUUCAUUCAGAUGGUGAAGGCAUCGCACGGGGUCACGACAUACCUGCUCAACACGUUGGUCGGGGCCGAGCUGUUCAUGUGGAGCAAGCUCCGGCUUGUCUCCUUGGUGUGUUUUGGAGUGAUGUUGGCCGUGACAGGCGAGCUCGAGUUCCACGUGGUCGGGUUCCUCUGCCAGUGCUUCUCGUCGGUCUCGGAGUGCACGCGGGUUGUCCUCAUCGGGUUGCUUCUCAACAAGAGCGGCCUGAAGAUGGACCCCUUGACCGCCCUCUCCUACUACGCCCCGAUGUGCCUGGUAUUUCUGGUGCCGUUUGCGAUGCUGACGGAGAUGCCGUCCGAUUGGAGCUCCUUUGCGGCGGAAUUCCAGGAGGAGGUAGGCUUCGGCUUACUCAUCUUAAACGGUCUGGUCGCCUUCGCUCUCAAUGUGUCGGUGGUGUUACUCAUCAACGCUACUAGCCCAGUGCUUUACAUUCUGUGCGGCGUGAUGAAAGACAUAGUCAUAAUCUUGGGCUCCAUCCUGGCCUUGCACACGCCCGUGGCCCCGCAGCAGAUCCUCGGCUACAUCGCAGCAGUGGUAGGCAUCCAGUUGUUCAACCUCGUGUCCAAGAAUCCCGACGUGUUCGAGGCCCACGGUCUCGUCCGCGGCGUCUGGGAAGUGGUGCAACGAUGGAAAGACCCCAAGCCGGAGCUACCGCUGCUGCCCUUGCAGAAGAGCGACAACGAGUCUUUGACCUCGGUCAGCACCCAGGAGGGUACGUCGGGCACGUCCGAGUCUCUCGAGUAGGGGGUGCGCGGGAGCCCUGGUAUCGCAGCCGCAUCGCCUUCGCAGCGGAAGGGCGCACUCGGGCACUGAGCUAGCCCCGCGCACCCCCGCGUCUGCUGAACGCCCAUGGCUGCUCCUGGCUACAACCAGUGGGUCUUUGCCGGCAACGUCUCUGGGUGCCGCGCCACGCGCCCGAGCGAGCCCAGCAGGCGGAGGAGGCAAACAGCCAGAAGUAGAUAGUUCGUCCAGCUCCUGCUUGAUUUUUGAUGUCGCUGGCAGGGGCGCCGUUUUUUUUCUCCCCGCAGCUCCGGAGAGGCACCCGCCAGGUGCAAUGUCCCUGGCGGCGCUCUGUGGGCCACGGCUGCCUCGGCCAAAUCUGUUGCACGCAUGCGCAAUCUGAUCGGCGGGUCGGCAGGUCAAUGUCCAAAGCGUCAGCCUCAGAAUCGGGCUCGACGCCUGUGCAAAUUAACCAGAUGUAUGGUGACAACGCACAUAAGCCGCUCUAGGCGCCCCUCCACAAGACCCCGCGCUGUGGAGGGCGUCCAGCGGAGAGAAGAGGCGUGGGUUGAAGUGUCCAGGCGAUCCUCAAGGGAAUAAUCUGCAAAGAA